AUGGCAGACGGUCCAGCUGACAGUCCUCUGUCCACGACGGGCAACGUCAUCGGUAUCCUCACCUUUGCCCUCGCUGUUGUUUCAUUUCUCGCGGCAUUCUAUGCCAUCACACACAAUGCUCCAGACGAGAUCGAGGACUACAAGAUGUCCUUGAGAGACAGAGAAGUCCAUAUACAAAAGAUCAGAGACUAUUUCGAUGAAGCAGACAGGUAUGCCGAUGGCCAGCUGGAGGGCAAUCCAAUCAAGGACGUGAUUGACAGCAUUCUCGCCGAUCUGGAGGCUCGUCGACAGAAGAUGGAGGAGGUCAUCGGCAGCGUCAAUGGUCGGCUGCAGUGGUGGUAUCGCAGGCAGGACAUGGUUGUGGCAAUGGCUAGGGUUGAGAAUCAACUCCAGUAUCUCAGUACGCUCCAACUGACCUUUCUUCUCCUCAAGAUGAAGAGACAAACUGGGCAACUGGAUGACAUUGAAGGCGACAUUCGGGAUCUCAAAUUAGCGCUGGCGACUGUGCUGCCAAGAGCUUGA